GCAACAUUCGUAUUCAUGGAAGACGGCACGGACAACAAGCUGAAGGAUCUUGGAGGCUGCACUCAGGCAGGACGCGGGAGGCGGGGCCUCUCAGGCCCCUCCCCGGCUGGAGCACGUGACCGCCGCGCCCCGCCCCCCGUAGUCCGGAACCCGAGCGUCGGGAGCGGGAGGUCUUCCGGGGGAAGCGAGGUGUUGUCAACGUGGGCCAUGGCCAUGACCGCUGCGCUGUUCGCCCGGGCCUGCGGCCGAGUCCGCGGAGUUCUGCAUCCUCGGGACUGGCGGCAGUUACAUACGAUCUACCAGUCGGUGGCAUUGCCCGAGACACAUCUGAUGUUGCGCGAGACGUGCCGGGACUUUGCCGAGAAGGAGCUGGUUCCCAUUGCCGCCCAGCUGGACAAGGAACAUCGCUUCCCAGCAGCUCAGGUGAAAAGGAUGGGUGAGCUGGGGCUGCUGGCCAUGGACGUGCCGGAGGAGCUGGGUGGUGCUAGCCUCGACUACCUGGCCUACUCCAUUGCCGUGGAGGAGAUCAGCAGGGGCUGCGCCUCCACUGGCGCCAUCAUGAGUGUCAACAAUUCGCUGUAUCUGGGGCCUAUCCUGAAGUUUGGCUCCCAGGAGCAGAAGCAGCGGUGGGUCACUCCUUUCACCAGUGGUGAUAAACUUGGCUGCUUCGCCCUCAGUGAACCAGGGAACGGCAGCGACGCGGGCGCCGCCUCCACCACGGCCGUCGCAGACGGUGACUCCUGGGUCCUGAAUGGUACCAAGGCCUGGAUCACUAACUCUUGGGAGGCCUCCGCCGCCGUGGUCUUCGCCAGCACGGACAGACUCCAGCAAAACAAGGGCAUCAGCGCUUUCCUGGUUCCCAUGCCAACGCCUGGGCUCACGCUGGGCAAGAAGGAAGACAAGCUGGGCAUUCGGGCCUCGUCCACGGCCAACCUCAUCUUUGAGGACUGUCGCAUCCCCAAGGAAAACCUGCUAGGGGAGCUGGGAAUGGGCUUCAAGAUUGCCAUGCAAACCCUGGAUGCGGGCCGCAUUGGCAUUGCCUCCCAGGCCCUGGGCAUCGCCCAGGCUGCCCUUGACUGUGCCGUGACCUACGCCGAGAACCGCAAGGCCUUUGGGAUGCCCCUCACCAAGCUUCAGGUCAUCCAGUUCAAGUUGGCGGACAUGGCCCUGGCCCUGGAAAGUGCCCGGCUGCUGACCUGGCGCGCUGCCAUGCUGAAGGACGAUAAGAAACCUUUCGUCAAGGAGGCUGCAAUGGCCAAGCUGGCUGCAUCGGAGGCUGCCACCGCCAUCACCCACCAGGCCAUCCAAAUCCUUGGUGGCAUGGGCUAUGUGACAGAGAUGCCGGCCGAGCGACACUACCGUGACGCCCGCAUCACUGAGAUUUACGAAGGCACCAGCGAGAUCCAGAGGCUGGUGGUCGCUAGGCAUGUGCUCAAGAGCUACCAGAGCUGAGCCCGUGCCUGCAGGGAGCCGGGCUGGCCUGAGGAUGCGGGGAAGGGGCACGUGGCCUCAAUCGUGACUUUCGCUCAGAGAUAGAGGUCUGUGCCUCCUCUUGCCACCGCGCCGCCCGGCCCCUGCUCUGGGCUGGAUGGAAGGGGCUCCUGUUGCUGCCUGCGGAUGCCCCACACCUCCCCCAAACCCACGCUGCCUGGAAGCAAGUCUCAGGAACCCACUUCAGCUCAGCUCCCUGGCUUUGCUACUCCCCUCCACCACUGUGCCUUACUUUCUCCACCUGCAUAGAAGUGGCUUUCUGGAGGAGGCAAGGGGGCCUCCGGGGCCCUUUGCUUUUGUUCCUGUUUCCUGAACUCUCUGCAGUCUGCUCUGCUCACAGGGCCCUGGCGCUCAGCGUGAGGACCUGCUGGGGCAGGCUCCAGGCAGCCUCUGCUCUGUCCCUUGAGUUCAUGGGUUAAGAGAAGGUGUCUGGUGGGGCCAGAAUGACCAGACCUCAAAGCAGCAGAGGCCUGGGGUUCUGCCUAUCUUGGGGAGGUGUUGGGCUUGUGGAAAUGGCCCAGAGCCCACUCACCCGUUCUUGGUAGGACGGGGUAGGGUGGGCGUUCCAAGUCAUGCUCUGGGCCAGUGAUUGUGGAGCUGGGUAAUAAAGUGAACCUGUGUCCUGGC